AUGCUCAAGCCGCUACAUGACCUGCUUUGUCAAGGAAAGAAGUGGAAUUGGAGUGAUGCCUGUCAAGAGGUUUUUCAGAAAACAAAGGAGACAUUAGUGACAUCAGGGGUUCUGACCCAUUUUGAUCCAUCACUCCCCAUUCAGUUGGCCUGCGAUGCAUCCCCGUAUGGAGUGGGGGCGGUCAUUUCACAUUUAAUGCCGAACGGGGUAGAGAGGCCCAUAGCAUUUGCAUCACGGACCUUGAACAAAGCAGAGACUAACUAUGCUCAGAUAGAGCGGGAGGCGUUGAGCAUCGUCUAUGGGGUUCGCAAGUUCCAUCAGUACCUGUAUGGGAGACAGUUUACACUGCUGACGGAUCACCGACCCCUGACAACCAUCCUGGGGUCGCACACUGGGUUACCCUCACUUGCCGCGAGUCGCAUGCAGCGGUGGGCGUUGCUACUGUCGGCUCACUCGUAUGACAUCAAGUAUCGCAAGGCCGACCUGCACGGCAAUGCCGAUGCACUGUCCAGGUUGCCUCUUCCUAUCACCAGGCCUGAGCCACGGGCAGCAGAAAUAUUUUACUUCAGUCAGGUGGAUGGUGCGCCAGUUUCUGCUGCUCAUGUGAGGAGGGCCUCUCGCACGGACCCUGUCCUGUCUGCGGUGAUGGACAUGGUGAUGGGGGGUAGAUCAGGUGGCGAUGCCCCCAGUAUUCAACCUUAUCUCUCCAGGAGAGCAGAACUGUCUGUGCAAUCUGGUUGCUUACUGUGGGGGAGGAGGGUGGUUAUUCCCCCAUCAUUGCGUAAAUCUGUUCUGCAGCAGCUCCAUGCAGGUCACAGUGGAAUAGUUCGAAUGAAGGAGAUAGCAAGGAGUUACUUCUGGUGGCCAGGAGUGGACAGAGAGAUAGAGACUACCGCCAAAACCUGUUCCUCAUGCCAAGAAGUUAGGAAGGCACCCCAACUAGCUCCUCUACAUCCCUGGGAGUUUCCCGAAGAACCAUGGCAACGGGUGCACAUUGAUUUUGCAGGACCUGUAGAGGGUUGUAUGCUCCUUGUGUGUGUGGACGCCCACAGUAAGUGGCCGGAAGUGGCCAUAAUGAAAACCACUACCACUACAAAGACGAUUGAGAGGCUGGGGGAGAUUUUCAGCCGGUUCGGUUCUCCUCUUCAGUUGGUCUCAGAUAACGGGCCACAACUGGUGUCACAAGAAAUGACUACCUUCCUUGAAGCAAAUGGCGUACAACACAUUCGAUCCGCACCAUUUCACCCUGCGACCAACGGUCUGGCUGAAAGGUUUGUGCAGACCAUGAAGAAAGCUUUAAAGACAUCUCAAGAGCAAGGAUCAUUUCAUCAGAGAUUGCAUAGAUUCCUGUUGAGCUAUAGGAAUACCCCCCAUGCCACUACUAAAGUUUCCCCCGCUUUUCUGAUGUUCAAAAGAAACCUUCGAACAAACUUUGACUUUCUGAAGCCAACAACGGUGAAGGAUAUUGUUCAGCAUCAACAGGAGAAACAGAUUCAACAAAGAAUGCAGAAGGCUAAAGAAAGAGUCUUCUUUCCGGAUGAGCCAGUGUUAGCAAGGAACUACAGUACUGGCCCCCGAUGGGUCCCUGCAACUAUAGUAAAGCAAUCUGGUCCUGUCUCUUACACCGUCAGUACUGCUGCUGGACUGGUAUGGAAAAGACACAUCGAUCAACUUCUUCAGGCGACAGCAGCGGCCCCCAACCAGCCGUCGGUGGAUACUCCGAACGAGUUAGAGUUCAGCGCACCCCAUCUCCUGCUGCCACCACCCCAAAGAACAAUGGAAUAUACUGGUGAGACUUCUGCUUUUGACUCUUCACUACAAGAUCCUGUGAUGGAUGUUCCAACACGCACGGCUGUUCCAGAGUCACCCAGCGGAGACCGUAAGACUGAACAUUCUGUUGAGCCCCGUUAUCCGGUAAGAGAACGCCGUCCUCCAGAACGCCUGAAUUUAUAGACUCUAUGUUUAGAGACCAACCCAAACCAACUGGGGCAGAAUAAUCCCCAUGGGUGUGGUCACGGGGUGAGGCCGUUUAACCUCAUCUCAGAGUUAUGUUGGGUAACUGUUACCAAACAAUGUAAAAAAAAAAAAAAAAAAAAAAAAAAAAAAAAAAAUUGGUGAAGUGCCCAUGAUACAGUUGAGUUAUGGUGUUUUGCUAUAAGGAUUUUGUUUUUGGGGGGGGGGUUUCUAAGGGGGGAGGAGAUGUUAUGUUUUUGGACAUCGCAACUUGCCGUAGUUGUAAGCAAUGCAUGAUGGGAAUCCGGAUGUUGUGUCGUUGUAUUGAAGUGCGACUGAAAUAAAGACACGCUAAGAAAUA